GAUUCAAUUGUAUCCGUUUGCACCCGAUUCUCUCUCUCAAUUUAAAUAAAAUAUACAGUUUUUCAAAACCGGGGAAGGAACUUUUUAAACUGGCGCUCUCUCUCACACUCUGCAAAGUGCAAACCCUUUUUCCCCCAAAAUCCCAACAAACCAAACGUAAAAAACCAAUGAAAUCCCAAACCCAAACCCAAAUCGAAGCGCCGAAUAAGAAGCAAUGGUCCUUGCAAGACUUCGAGAUCGGCAAACCACUCGGCAAAGGAAAGUUCGGUCGAGUCUAUCUCGCCAGAGAAGCCAAAAGCAAAUACAUAGUGGCGUUGAAGGUGAUAUUCAAGGAGCAAAUAGAGAAGUACAAAAUUCAACACCAGUUGAAAAGGGAGAUGGAGAUUCAAACCAGUCUUCGCCACCCAAAUAUACUUCGACUCUAUGGUUGGUUCCACGAUUCCGAACGCAUUUUCUUGAUUCUCGAAUAUGCUCAUGGCGGCGAGCUCUAUGGAGAGCUCAGAAAACGCGGCUUUCUCUCCGAGAACAAAGCUGCCACGUACAUUAUGAGUCUCGCACAAGCAUUGGCGUAUUGUCAUGAGAAGCAUGUGAUUCAUAGGGACAUCAAGCCAGAAAAUCUGUUGCUUGAUCAUGAGGGUCGACUGAAAAUUGCGGACUUUGGAUGGUCUGUACAGUCAAGAAGCAAGAGACUCACAAUGUGUGGAACUUUGGAUUAUUUAGCGCCAGAAAUGGUGGAGAACAAGGCUCACGACUACGCAGUUGAUAAUUGGACUUUGGGUAUCCUUUGCUAUGAGUUCCUUUAUGGUGUCCCUCCAUUUGAGGCUGAGAGUCAAAGUGAUACAUUUAGGAGGAUAAUGAAGGUUGACCUGAGCUUCCCUUCCACCCAUUGUGUUUCUACAGAAGCCAAAGAUCUCAUUCUUCGGCUUCUGGUCAAGGACUCCUCAAAAAGGCUCUCUCUUCAGAAGAUAACAGAGCAUCCUUGGAUAAUCAAGAAUGCAGAUCCUACAGGUAUCUGUAAUAAGUAGCAUUUUAAACUACAGAGGUGAUUCUGCCAUGGUUUUGAGGAAUCAACAUUGUUGAAUUCUGCAUCUAAUGGUGUCCCCCCUUUCUCUCUCUCAAUGCACCCUCCAUUAUCCCUUCAUAUUUUACACUGCUCUGAGAAGUGAGAAGCGUUGAUUUGCAAACCCAAGCAUUGAGGUUCAUGCAUUAUACCGUUUAUAUAUGAUAAUUCGAUGUUCUUUCUAUUGCUCAUGGUAGGUUUGCAACUAUGGAUUUAUAUCUAGAGAUUAGAUCACAGGAUCGGCUACAUACGUUGUUGCAUUUAAUUAAUCUAUAUUGUUAUUGGGUCUAAUUAAUCUAUCAUUCCAAGUGUAAUGACAAAUUGCCCAUGCCGGUUUAUUUUAAUAUUUGUAAUGGUUCAGCUUUUCAA